AUGGCGCCUCCAGAAGUCAACGCAGACCACUACACAACGCUCCCGCGAGCCCGCCGAACUUCGCUUCCAUCUUCCAAUCUCCGAAACAGUAUACGCGUAAACCACCGACUUCGGGCAGCUUCGACGAGCUAUUCUCCUAUGAGACCGUCAUUUAACCAUGCUUCAGUUACCCAUACCUCCAGGCCUGAUAUUCGGAGCCAGAAUGCUCAGAACGCCCGCGUUAAGCCACGCCCAUACACCAAGCCAGAUCCCGACACGAUAUUGCCAGAGAUCAAGAAGCUUCUAGGCGAUUUUCCUGCGUCGGCUCCGCCACAACAACAAAUACGCGACUUCCUGGAUGUUGACGAAAUAUUUGCUUUACACGACCGAGACAUCAUGGAUCGCAGAGAGCGAGAAGACCACAGGGGUGCAAGGAACGAUCAGGGGCUCACGGUAUUCGGCGUCCAUCUUCGCCAAGUCUCUAUGUAUGCUUCUGGAUUUCUGCCACUGGCCAGCGAACCACGGUCAUGUGCUUAUGAGAUACCUCUCGUCGCGUCGAUGAUCAUCCAGGAACUCCAGGAAAGGGGAGUAAAUUCCGCCUUGCCGUUUCUCCAUCCCAAGCCUGCUUCACGAGCGCGCAUACUCCACCUCUGCCAGCUCUUUGACUCCUCUCCGUAUUAUCCGCCUUCGUCUCCCCCGUUCAGCGAAUCGACGACAGAUUUAUGUGCCUUGUUAAAAAUGUACAUACUUGCGUUACCUGAGCCGAUGUUCAGCGAAGCGGUCUCUGAAGGACUCUGGCGGUGGUGCAUCCGGCCUUCCCUCGAAGAAAACGAUCUCAGGGCUCUCGAAUCUAGAAAGGACUUUCGACCAACCACUGAGGGCACACGCAUCCGGAUUGCGGCGCUACUAUUUCGACUUCUGCCAAGCGCUAACGUCGGUCUUCUGGUCCAUCUCUUGGAUUUCUUCUCUCACUUUGGUUCACCCGAAGAUUCGAAGAUAGAAGAAGGAGCCCCGGGUUCGCAGACAGAAUACACGGAAGCUGGCCGACUGUUUGGAGAGGCGAUAUUUGGAUCAAGUUUAGGCGGACAGAAGUCGACGUCUCGGCAAGGUGCAAAGAUACCAGGAAAUGCAAGAGCUGUCAGCAUAAUGCUAUGGGUCCUCCGGUGUUGGUCUUCGAUACGGCCGUUCAUUAGUGGCAUCAGCACCCCCAGCGGCAAUCUCAUUCGUGUUGACCAUAUACAUGAGCGCAAGCAUCCAGGAAGUGAGCUCAUCCUCCUGGCGGCCCCGAUCCCCAAGUAUCCACCGAAUUAUCCCGGAAUGGCCUCCGGAUGUAGGAACGAGAAGGCGAAUAUACGUCGCAGUAAUGAAUUUAUCGUGGCACCGCAAGGUGGAAGAGUUUCUCCCCCGACGGGAGCCAAUGCUUCAUCGUCUACCCCACAUGGAGUGGCACUCAAUAGGGAAGAAAACAUCAGUAGUUGUUCGACCCAAGCUCUUGACGAGAGGUUGGUGGAUGUCAACUUGCUCACGAUUCCGCCUAUGGACAUGGAAUUAAACCUUAGUGACCUUUCCGAGCCUGAACAUUCUCAUGCACCCCCGACAUCGUCAAUAUCACAUUCAUCCCCUACAAAUGCUACAGGUGCAGGAGAGGAACAGGGCAAUCUGAAGCGUAUCGAGGAGCUCGACAAAGAACUCAGAGACGCGCUGUCAAACGCAGCAGCGGCUAAAGAAACCCAAGAAAAGGUUGAAGCCGAGGUCCGGGAUCUGCGCGAACAGUUAGCUCGCUCUGAACAGCGCGAAGCGGAGAUUACAGCUCAACGUGAUGCACUACAAGAACGCUUGAACGAUGCUAAUGCGAAGACGACGAGCACAGAAAACGAAAAUACGGACUUGACGGCAAGUCUUGUUACUCUGAGGAAAGAGUUAAAAGCGUUGGAGGUAGAUCGUGACGCCAAAGCACAUAUUGUGGAUGAAAUGAAAAGAGUAUUGGCUGUAAUCUAA